AAGUUAACUUCUCAGUAAUUGACGGUCGCGCGUGGGACAGUAGGGUACCGCAGAUAUGAAGCUGUGUCUCACUUUUAUAGAAAAUGAGUUUCGGGGCGAGCUCCUGAAUCAGCGUUGGAGUCGAGGCGAGAGGAUCAGCCGCUGCCAGCCCACACAGAGGCUGCAGAGUAGACCAAUCAAAAUGAGUGUGGAGAGUGAUGACACGCGAAGCACACGCACACGCUCCAAGGGAAUCAGAGUGCAGCUUUCAGCUGGUUCACCGAGCUCGUCUCUUAUUGGUUCUCUAGUUCCCACCGAGCUCAUUGGACAAGAGCUGAGUGUGCUGGGCUGCCCAUUGGUCAGGAAGAGACGUCUGGCGGAUGCUGAGGCAGAGCAGGAGCAGCCAUCUUCUAAAAGGAAGUCCCACCCUCUAAAGCUGGCCAUGGAUGAGGGCUUCAGCGUGGACAGUGAUGGGAGCAGCGAGGAGGAGGAGGGAGUGGAUGACAGAGAGGAUGAUGGUAACUAA